AUGCGUCGACCCGAAACCUUGAGGAUUGAUAUCUCAAGGAACAAGAAAACCGAUGAAGAUUACCUUUUGAGAUGGUUCGUCGAGUUAGAUGAUGCCAUCAGGGCCCGUCACAUCGAUGGUGACGAGAUGCAAGUCACCUUCUUCCUGUCAAAUUUGACGGGACGAGCAAAGACUUGGGUCUUACGGCUCAAGCUUCACGACCCAAACGUGUUUGAGUCAUUGGAGAUCUUGAAUUCUCGGCUCAAAGAGACGUUUGAGCCGCCGAGAGCCAAGUUCAGAGCACGCUCUGCACUCUUGAGACUCAAGCAAGGUAAGCGUGAUGUGCACGAUAAUGCACAACACCUACGCUACCUUGCAAGUAGCGUCUCGGAAUGCGUUGUUGAUGAGCACACGCUCAUCAACGUGUUCAUCUACGGCCUUGUUGAUGGACCGGUGAAGACCUACAUGCUACGAGAGGACUUCCAUACGCUGGAAAAGGCGAUAGCGUAUGCGGAACAAGGAGACUUCAGCCUGAGACAGUCUCACGCUAACUCGUCCAAUUAUCGUCCGCCGAGGCGACAGGAAACAGGAGGUCCCGAACCAAUGGACCUCUGUUACAUCGAGAGCGAGAACUCUCGCACCCUGAGUCACAAGCGAACGUUAAGAUGCCAUCGCUGUCAGAAGAUCGUACACACACUCAUGAGCGUAGUGUUUUAA